AUGGAGGAACGAGAUUAUAAAUCUCUGACAGUUAGAAGUGGAGGACUGGCGGGGUUGGAUGUUAUUCCAGAGCCCAUUGUACCUUAUUUACGAUGUGCCGAUUUUCUUAGCCCUGCUCGGAUGGGCCGUAUAGAGGGUUUGCAUAUUGAUAGUGCAUUAGUCACAGCUCUAGUUAAGCGAUGCAGACUAGAGACCCAUACAUUUCAUAUGCUUCCGGGGGAGAUUACUAUAACACUCGAGGAUGUUGCAAUGAUCACAGGUCUUCCUAUAGACGGUGAACAUGUUACUUGCAUGUCUGAAACACGAGAGUUGAGAGCUUUAGUACCACAACUGCUUGGGAGGACCCCGAGUGCAUCUAAUUUUAAGGGUGGUACUCUUAAGACUUCAUGGUUGGGAGGAAAUUUAGCAAAUGUUGAAGAAUGGAUGGAGGAUGAAGAGAAUCUUCUCCAAUUCACGCGAGCAUACAUAUUACCCCUUAUCAGAGGCUUUUUACUUGUGGAUCACAGUGGUGGUAAGGUGCAUCUCCGAUAUCUACCUUUUCUUAGUGACUUGGAGGUGUGUGGAUGA